AUGGAGACUCCAAUCAUACCCAGCCAGUUUCCAUCCGGCUUAGAGAUCACUGCCCCCCUGGGGCACGAUCUGCCUCCCCAACAGCCUUCACGUACUUACCAGAGCAAACCUCUUCCACCAUUGCCUCCUUCGAGACCUGGACUGUCACGUCAGGUAUCAGCACUUUCUGCUGCGCCAAGGACGACGAGGAGUCGUUCGCGAUCGCGAGGCAGGACGAGGGCCACAUCAUCACCACCACCACCAACAGGGCGGAAGACGAUUGAAAAACUAGAGGAAGAAAUCAAUACGAUCCUCAUUCAGCAAAGCCCUAAACGCGCAUCAAAAAGACUAUCCGAGCAUAGGAGUUGUUCACCAGGCCCUCGACGGUCCAUACGCGAUGAGGAGACCAUGAAGAGUUUGGCACCCCGGCGUCUUUCGACGCCAAUCCUGUCACCAACGAUGUUUUUCACGCCGAUAACGAGCCCACGGACCUUGCACCGCUCGUCUGUCAAGAUCAAGCAGAUAACCGGCCUCGAUCUCGACUACAAGGGCUUCGCCAAAGCCCGAAAAGCUGCGCCACCAAAUACACAGAGACAAGGUACACCGGACAAAUCCAGUGGCACCCAUGAGACCGAAGCACCUCCGUCAACAUCAGAGCCUGCUCGGACGUUGAGCAUGAUUGAAGAUAACGAUGACGAUUCAGAGUAUGAUAGCGAUUGGGACUAUAGCCCUAGCUCGAGGCGGAAACAUGCGUCGUGGAUUCCUGCAUCUCCAGUACCGCCACGCGUUGAGAUUUUCGACUUUGACGAGGCAAGUCCCCGUCGCCGCGAUUCAGAGGUCGGACCACUGAGGUCACCGGGAAUGCACCAUUUCGAGACGCUACCGGCCCGGCGCAACAAUCAUAUGGAAGUUAGUUAUGUGGGAGCCAAGGACCUCUACCACGCCACAGCAACAUCCAUUGCGAACUCCACAAAGAAGAAAACACCGCCUUCAAUGACGAGCACCGACUCGGGCAGCGAGUCUAUAAUGCAGCCCAAGAACAGACUGAGUUUUGCGGCAAAAGUGCUCCAGUCUGGCAGGAAACGGCCGCCGAUGGGCAUCAAUACAUCGAGGCAGUCCACAUCUUCGCAAGGGUCCAAUCUGAGCUCCGGAAGGCUGCAGGCAGUCACGCCCGCUCAUUCGUUGGACGACGACCGACUGCGGGUGAGGUACUCGGACGCCUUCUCCCGCGUCUUCAGGCGGAGCGGCGAGCACAGGAGGGCGGUCUCGGAGGGCACAUCGCCCGUGGACCGGGCAUCCUCGGAGCCCCGCACGGUGGAAACACCCACGACGGCUAACACUAUAUCCACCAUGUCUUCCGGCCCCGGCUCACCAGCACUGGCAGUUACACCGGGCAAACCUUCUAAACGCUCGGUACAAAACUUAACGGCCCAUGUCAAGCGAACGGCAAGUUUGAUGGUGCACUCCAAGGACAAUCGGCGGAGGGACAACCUGAGGCAAAGCAUACGGGUGAUACCGGAGGGAAGCACGCUCUAA